GCAUCAAGUCGACCCACGGACUCCCACUGGAACUACUCACGCUAACCCCCACCCGUGGAUUUAUGCACCCCGCGGUUCUUUCAGGAUAGUCCGGAGAGAGCGAGUCUGGCCAUGCGGGCUUCGAUGGUGUCGAGCCUGCUGCUCUUGUCCGGACUCCUGGCGCCGAGCGCCGUGCGCGGCUUCGGCGACGAGGCGGAGGAGAUGACCUGCGACCCCAUCCGGAUCGGCAUGUGCCAAGGUCUGGGCUACAACGUCACCAAGAUGCCCAACCUGGUGGGCAACGUGCUGCAGUCGGACGCCGAGCUGCAGCUGACCACCUUCACGCCGCUCAUCCAGUACGGCUGCUCCGGCCAGCUCAAGUUCUUCCUGUGCUCGGUCUACGUGCCCAUGUGCACGGAUAAGGUGCCCAUACCCAUCGGCCCGUGCGGGAGCAUGUGCAUGUCUGUCAAGAGGAAGUGUCUGCCGGUUCUUCAGGAGUUCGGCUUCAUCUGGCCAGAGGUGCUCAACUGCAGCCUCUUCCCGCCUCAGAAUGACUACAACCACAUGUGCAUGGAGGGCCCCGGGGACGAGGAUCCACCCUAUCACCCCAUCCGUCACCCUCCCCACCAGGAGGAGUGUCAGGCCCUAGGGUCCGCACCCGACCAGUACGUCUGGCUGAAGCAGGCCGACAGAUGUGCUCUCCAGUGCGGCUACGACAGCGGCCUGUACAGGCGGGGGGCCAAAGUCUUCACCGACGCCUGGAUGGCGGUGUGGGCGGUCCUCUGCUUCCUCUCCACCACUUUGACCGUGCUGACCUUUCUCUUGGAUUCACAACGAUUCUCCUACCCUGAGCGGCCCAUCAUAUUCCUGUCCAUGUGCUGCAAUUUGUACAGCGUUGCCUACCUGGUGCGGUUGACUCUGGGAAGGGAGCGUGUGUCGUGUGACCUGGAGGCCACAGAAGUGCCUAUUCUAGUGCAGGAAGGACUAAAAAGCACCGGUUGUGCCAUCGUCUUCCUUCUACUCUACUUCUUUGGAAUGGCCUCCUCUCUCUGGUGGGUGAUCCUGACCCUGACGUGGUUCUUGGCCGCGGGACUGAAGUGGGGCCACGAGGCUAUUGAGAUGCACAGCUCCUACUUCCACAUCGCAGCUUGGGCUAUCCCGGCUGUUAAAACCAUCGUCAUUCUCAUCAUGAGACUGGUGGACGCUGACGACCUGACUGGCCUUUGCUACGUCGGCAACCUGCAGCAGGAGGCGCUCACGGGCUUUGUGGUGGCACCGCUAGCCACCUACCUGCUUAUAGGGACUCUGUUUAUCUGUGCUGGCCUCGUAGCGCUUUUCAAGAUUCGCUCCAAUUUGCAAAAGGACGGCGCCAAGACAGACAAGCUGGAGCGUUUAAUGGUGAAAAUCGGAGUGUUUUCCGUGCUCUACACCGUUCCAGCCUCCACGGUGAUUGGCUGCUACCUCUACCAGCUUUCCAACUGGGGGGAAUUGAAGGCCUCCACGCAAGACUCGUACGUCGCAUCAGAGAUGCUUCGAAUCUUCAUGUCCCUGCUGGUGGGCAUCACCUCGGGCAUGUGGAUCUGGUCAGCCAAGACCCUCCACACGUGGCAACGCUGCUCCGUCCGCCUCCUCAAGGACAGCAGGGCGGGUCGAGGCGGCAAGAGAGGACCGGGCAAAGGUUGGAUUAAACCGGGGACGGGCAACGAGACAGUGGUGUGAGGAGAAAGAACGGACGAGACCGGACUUGGUUCUUUGUCUCACAGAAGUUCACCCCGACAAAAAGGCGGAUGUAACAAACCACUGGAUGUGAAAGGCACUGUAAAAUGUUUACGAGGCCACGAGCUCGACGUCUCCAACAGUGGCUGGCAUUUGUGGGUGGACCUUCAAACACUAGUAGCCGCAGUAGCCCCUUGACCUCGGUUGGGCAUUUUACCGCACCGAGGACGAAGGAAGAAGGGCGAGAGACAUUGCAGCAUGAACGUGAAGUCGAGAUGACAAAAUAAGCUGUGUUGUGCCACGUCUACCUCUGGCUUACUCUUCUCCUAACCUGCCGCGUACAAUAAGUCUCUUCUCUACCUUAACGGCCUGUGAGGGCCAUUAAGUCCUUGUCCAGAUGGUAUUCAGAUACAGGCUGAGCUUUUUCCAAAGUUCCUCGUGGCCUUCCAUAUAAAAACAGAAUGGGAAUUCCAAAGUACGAUGACACACCUGACCAAAACUAACCAACCCUGCGUUAAAAUGGCCUUGAUUGUUCACACUUGUUUACGUUUCAGCAGUUUAAAAAUAACACACCCACACUUUCUUGCAGAUUUCCAUUCUAAAAAAAUGUAGGGAAACCAUCUUCAGGCUGUAAUAAAUAACUAUUAGAAAGAAUGGUUUUGUGGUUGCAGCAUCAAUUAAAGCAGCUGACAGAUUCAUGAAAUGACUGAACAGCACAGAAAUGUGCUUUUUGAUGCAAUGAUGCCACCAUCUGGUUGGAAUGAGUAUAUCCGAGACUGCUUUACGUGUAAGAGAGUGUAAGUUGGAACAGGAGAUAAUGUUUGUGUUUUAGCCUCAUUCCAACGAAGCAAGCAUGCCUGAUAGAAAGUGCUCAAAAUUAAGACUUCAAGUUCCAAACUAGCUCUAUGCUAAUUUACAUUGGAUAUGGCAUAUCCAUGCUGGUGAUUAGCAUUAGUCAUUUUGCCGUGUGCUCAAACAACCACCAGGUAGCAUCUGAUAAUACCGUAUCAUCUAUUUCUCUCUCGGACUUCUAUGAAGAUCGGUAGUAGUGUUCGUAUUUACACACUCGAGACAUGCACCUGGCCUUUAGCUCACAAUAGUAAAUGAUCCUUUAAAACAUCCAGACAGCUUGCUUCUUGUCCCAUUCAUUUCCUGAAAGUUCAGUAAAAACGCUCACGACUUGAGUUAUUUCUAGCGGAAUGAAAGUAAACCAAGUGGAACUUAUUAUUGGUCAUCCACUCCAUGUCUCUGUGGGUGGAGGUGGGGAUAGCAUACACACACACAAAUAUGCAGGGGCUUAUAACGCAAACCUCACGUAGUAAAGCUGACCCAGAUCACCCCCAAAAUCUAAACACUUGACAUUUCAGAAAGUUUCAUGAAAAGCCGCCCAUAGCUUUUUGAGUUAUGUUGCUAACUAGCUGCCAAAUAUACAAACCCCAGUCAUUACAUAAGCCCCUGGUGGAGGUAACAACAGUAGUAGAAACCAAUGAGAAUAUCCUGUCUUUUACGUACUGUACUUGCAAGUAGGAUGAUUAUCUUUAAGAAGCCCGGCUUCUUGUCAGCAAUGUGUGCUGCCUCCGUGGAAACCAUAGACAGUAUAUGGUUAUGAGUUACUAUGCAGUCCAGGAAAUUAAAUCUGGCUUUUCUAAACAUGAUGGAAUCCGAUGUUAUUAGACAAUCACUUGCCAAGAGACUCAACGUCCAAUACUACAUUGCAGACACACAAAUAUUCCCUUCACUCUGAAGAAGUGGAACCAGGACAAUUUAGCACAUAUCAAUAACCUCGAUAUCCUUAUGAUCCCAGGAGGAUAUGUAAGAAUCUUGACCUUUCAGUGUCGGGAUGGAACGGUUUAUGGAAAAAAAUCUGAACCGUUCAAUUGAAUUGGUUUAGAGCACGUGUUCGGAUCACAUUUUUUCUUUGUUCUAAUCAGUUUAGAGCUAAGGGGGCUAUGAUUUCUGCGUUAACGGAAUGACGGAUGGGAUCACAGAAUUGGACAAUAAAAACUGAAUCUACUAUUAAACGUGGAACUGUAUGUCAUGCGAACGUCAGAAGGAACAUUUGUCUGGGAAAUUGUGUUUACGUAAACGUGUGAACCUCCUCAAACACCAAACUUUUUACUUACCUCCAUGAAGCCACGUCAGUAUUUUAGCCGGACGCCAAGGAAGUGUGCAAAAAUAACUACAAAACUCAUUUCUUACUAAUUUCUUCUGUUUGUUAAACUUGUAUAACCACUUGCCCAAAAGCCGAGUUAAAAACCCAGAAAAACAUUGUGCUAAUGCUAAUGCUAGAUAGCUGGCUGUUGUUGACAGGCCAUGCCAGGGGUUUUAGCAUCUUAAACAUCUUCAUUGCUAACUUGACAGCUUCUAACCCCAGAUUUUCACGAGAUGUGUAACGGCUGCUGAACGUACGACUACGACUGAUUUAAUAUCACCGAAUCAGUAAUCUUACUCUUGAUUAUAAUCGUAUUAAAUAAGUAUAUCUAACCUACCUACAGUUUAACAGGAUACACCUUGUCAAAUGAUAUGAAAGCAUGUGUUGAUCAUAAAGAUUAUUAUCAAGGCUGAGAUCAGGCCGAUUACAAAAAUAAAUACUAACCAAAUAUACUGCAAAAGGGACUCGUAAAAACUGAUGAAAAACAAAAAGGGCUGGAAUAAAUUCUAAUAAAUUAUAGUUUAAAUAAACUGUGAAAAAAAUUAAAGUGCAAAUGAAAAUACAGCUUAAAUACUUCAGUCAUACUUUUUGUGCUUAAGAAACUUCUAUGACUUUAACUCCAAACUUAUUCUGUUUGAUAAGUGGUGGAAAAGAGUAUUACAACUGAGCCCCUGAGAAAAACAUUUUUGGCAGCCCUCUCGGAGGCUCAACUACGGUUAAGAACCACUGCUUUAAAGCAGGUCAACUUAAAGCCGACAUUGCUAUAUUAUUAUGUUCCAUUUUUAUGCUAUGACUUAAAAUACUGGCAGAAAUUUUCCAAUGUGGUAUUGUAUCAACAAAUGUAGGGAUUUCUGCAGUAAAUUCAAGGGUCAGAGCUUUAGGAGUCAUUUUGUAAGAACCACAAAUGAUACCAAAGUGAACAGAACCCAAAACUGAAAUAAAAGAUCCAAACCGUGGAUUUUGUGAGCCGUUCCACCCCUAGUUAGGUGCCAUGUGAAUAAUCCAAGUUUCAUAAAGCAAAUACUGAAACAUAGUGUGUCAUUAUUCAUUAUACAGCAAGAAACACUUUUAGAUCUGAACACCAAACAAUUUCAUGUUACUCUCCACGUCUUAGCGCGAUAUUUACCAAAUGUGUACAUGCUUGGUGUGUUUGCCUGACAAUCUCCAAAGUGCUUGCGUUUCAGUGAGUCUUUGAAUGUAUAGUAAUUGUACCGUGUGUCACAUUAGCUCUGUGGCAAGCGAGAGUGAUACCUGUGGGGUCCUCAAAUGCAUUUUCACUGUGUCAUGUGAAACCAGAUAGUGCCUGUCAAAUGUAUUUUUAGGUAAAUGCAUGGAAGUGGGUGAGGUAUCGUCUUACAGGCUUGGGUUGCGUCUCAGCCUUACGAGGGAAAUGAGACUAUUUCUAAAUAUUCCGGUCAACCUGAGAAGCCCGGGGGUUCUGCAAGCGGCAUACCUUGGCGCCCUGAUGACAUUUCCAAAGUCAAACAAACAUUACAUUGAGCUAAAGUGAAUUAGGUUAAGCUCUGACCACCAUCCGUCUGAGCUAAUGCAGUUUCCCUUUUCUCAGAAUGUUGGCGCCCGCAUCCCGUAUGACCGCACUUUUGCUUCCCGUGACAUUUUAAGCAUUAUCAGAGUUAGACCCGGGCCACAAAAGAUGUGAUAGAAGAUAUGUAAAUGUUGUCGAGAUGCCCAGAUAUGACUCGAUGUUGGGGUUAGUUCACCAGUGCUGAUCUUUUCCUCGAAGAUAUCAAAUGUCUUGAGUGUAUCAUAGGAAAAAUUCUAAUUUAUCCUUGUAAAAAGUGACUGAAUUUUUAAGGAACGUGUUAUUUAAAAUACACUUUUGUAUCAGAAGACAAAUUAAAAAAU